AUGCCAGAUAGAACUUCGGUUUCAUCCACCUCUAGUACAUCCUCUAAUUGGACUCCGGGUGCUAGGAGAAGCAGUUUAGAAAGCCCAACAAAUACAUUUCCUUUUCUCAAUCAAGAUAUAGAAGAUUCAAGGAAAAAGGAAGCAGAAAACACUAGUGUUGAUACUAAUACCAAUACCUCAAUCACGAACAGGCCAGAAACGCCCGAGCAAAAAGUUCAGCAGCUUCCAUUUAAUGGACAAUGGCCUUUUAGUCGAAGAUCCAGUCAAAGCAGCUCUAUGUUUGCUAUGGAAGACAAGCAUUGGAUUAAACACUAUUCUAAAAGGUCGGGAAAAAGAAAACCCUCAUUAGUAAAUCAAAUUUCGAAUACUGCAGAACAAUCUGGUGAAAAAAGUAGCAAAAACCAAACAUCUUUGUUGAAUCAUUCCCCUCAUAAAGGUCGAAAGGGGAAAGAAGGAUUAGACAUUUCGGCUUUGCAAAAAUCAAUAUAUGGGCCUCGCAGUUUUUUAAGGAGUCGAAAGGAUUCGUUUGGAAUAUUCGGGUCAUCCAUUCCUCAAUCUUUAGUUAAUAACCAGAUGAUAAAUGGCUUUGGUGCCGCAUCCCUUGCAUUUGCUAAACUAAGUAAGGUGCGGUCCCCUUUGGAUUCUAAAUUCAAUACGAAUUUAAUGUCAGCAGACGAUACUUGGUCUAUCUUAGAAACGGAAGUUUGCACAUUAUAUAAUUGGGAAAGCUUGCAUUAUACCAUUGAGGACUUGAACGGGAUUUUGGUCCUACAUCUUCAGUCUUGCGUUCGGGAAAGAACGAUGGAUCUUUUCACCAGUCAUUUAGAUUCUUUGUUUCCAAAAGCUACCAAUAAGUUAUCGGAAUCACUGUUUCUCAUUCCAGAAGAAUAUUUUUUGUCGAAGUUACUUGAAAUUUGGCCAUUUUUUUUGUCUUCUAUUCUACCAUAUAUAGAGGGUAUAUUUUUGCCUAUUAAAACAAAAAUUUUUGACAGCCAGGAAAAAGCAUUAUUGCCAUAUGAGAUUAAUGAGUAUUGCCAUACAAAUCGAGAAAAGCUAAAUGUUCAGAGACUUAUGCUCACUUCAUUUCGUGAUUGCAUGAUUUUGCCUGCCGCUGAUUGUAUCCAAAGAAUCAUUCAGAAACAGAGCGAGACGUUAGCACGCUCAGACCAUCUUUCUGGUGUUUAUGCUCGGUUGUUUCAAAUAUUAAGUAUGCUAGCAAGUGUGCAUUCAAACGACCAACACGAAAAAGAAUUGGUUAAGCUUGCUUCUAAAGUCCGUUCUCUGCUCAUCGUUCAUGAAUGA